UCCAACCUUUCUCUGCUCUCCUUCCUUCCUUACAGCGAGAGAGAGGAGCGGCGGCCAUGGCGAGAGAGCUGAGCAAGGAGAACCUGGAGUUGGUCCUCAUGCAGGCCAUGAUGGCCGCCAAGAACGUGCGGACGCAGCACGACCGCCUCCUGGAGCUCCACCGCCGCCUGCGGCGCCACCAGGCCGACGCCGACGCCAAGCUCGGGGAGAUCGCGUCGGACGUCUUCAAGGUCUACUACUUUGGCCUGGAUGCCGGCGCCAAGAUGCUCUCGGUCUGCCUCAAGAUCGCCGUCGAGAACCGCGCCGUCUCCACCAUCAACAUCGCUUUCGCGCUGAUGCCCGGCGAGCAGCUCUACGACGCUCUGCUCGCGCAGCGCCUCCCGGCCCGCCCCACCACCCAGGCCCAGGCCAUCGCCCGCGUCGAAUCCGCCAUCUCGGCGGUCAUGAUGCUCGGGGAGCACCACCUCCCGCGCUGCGUCGAGUGCCUCGUCGGCGGCCGAGCCCCCGUCCGAGGCAAGCCUGACAGCAGCCCCGACAGGGACGACGAUCCGGUCGCCGCCGCCACCGAGGGCUUCGCUAAGGUCGGCCUUUCAACCGCCUCCGCCACCGCCAAAACCGGCAGCAAGCCCCUUCACGCAGACGUCGACAAGGCGCUGGACUACCUGUGCCGCGCAAUCAGGAUGGCGACCCUCGCCAUCAAGCACAUCGACCUCGUCGUCGCCGUCCUCUCCCGCUUCCUUGACCCCAACGAGCUCGCCCGCCUCGCCGAGGUUACCGACGGUGCCGCCUACCUCGGAGUUGAGAUUAGCCAGCCCACUACUUCACCUGAUCCGUCAACAGAUUAGCCAGCCACUACUUCGCCUGCUGAUAUGGAAUUAAGCCAUGCUGAUGCUCCUCCUUUCAGUCACUUAGUUUACCAAUUACUAUGCAGACUUAUGGUUUUCAGUUCAGUUUCGUCAGAGUAAUCUGCUGCCGUGCUACUCUAUACGUGUGUUCAAUUCAUUCCUGGACGGCCGGUGGCAAUCCAUGGGAUGAUUGCCGAGUUUAUCUGAUCGUAGCUUCAUCCGCUAGGGGUAAUCAAUGCUGAACUACAUCUUGUUCUUAUCUAUGUCUAUGUGUUUUACUCCCUCCGUUCCAAAAUAAAUAACAUAAUUUUAUAU